AUGAUGCCCGAAGGCCAGGGGGCGCCUGCCUCUCCCCAGGCGGCUCGGAGCACCCCAGACAGGGGCUCGUCGGGGCCCUUGGCCUGCCCGCCGCCCCAGCUCCCGGCCUCGGGGUCCCCGGGGUCCCUGGCUCCUCGGCGGGGCGCCAUCCGCGCCAGCUUCCCGCAGAAGCUGGCCGAGGCGCUGAGCAGCCAGUAUGGGCUGAACGUGUUCGUGGCAGGGCUGCUGUUCCUGCUGGCCUGGGCCGUGCACGCCUCGGGCGUGGGCAAGAGCCACCUGCUGUGCUUCCUCACGGCGCUCAUGCUGCUGCAGCUGCUCUGGAUGCUCUGGUACAUGGUGCGCAGCGCCGCGCAGCGCCGCCUCAUCCGCCUCAAGGACAAGCACGCCGGCGCGCGCUGGCUCCGCGGUAGCAUCACACUGUUUGCCGUCAUCACCAUCAUCCUGGGAUGCCUAAAAAUCGGGUACUUUGUUGGAUUUUCUGAGUGUUUAUCAGCCACCGAAGGAGUUUUCCCUGUCACCCAUGCAGUACAUACUCUGCUGCAGGUGUACUUUCUUUGGGGGCACGCAAAGGAUAUCAUCCAAUCUUUCAAAACACUGGAAAGGUUUGGGGUGAUCCACUCAGUGUUCACCAACCUGCUUCUGUGGGCCAACAGCGUCCUGAAUGAGUCAAAGCACCAACUUAACGAGCACAAGGAACGGCUUAUCACCCUGGGCUUCGGGAACAUAACAAUAGUUUUAGAUGACCACACGCCUCCAUGUAACUGCACACCCCCAACCUUCUGCUCUGCCAUCUCCUAUGGGAUCUACUACCUCUACCCUUUCAACAUAGAGUAUCAGAUCCUGGCCUCCACGAUGCUCUACGUCCUGUGGAAAAACAUCGGGCGCAAAGUCGACAGUCAUCACCAUCAGAAGAUGCAGUUCAGGUCUCACGGGGUCAUGCUGGGCUCGGUCCUGGGCCUGACCGCGCUGGCCGCCACCAUCGGGGUCGUGGUGGUGUAUCUGGUUCGGAUCGGGCGUUCCAAAACCAGGAGCGAGUCGGCACUCAUCAUGUUCUACCUGCACGCCAUCAUCUUGCUGAUGCUCAUGGGGGCGGCGGGGCUGGUUGGGAUCCGGAUUUAUAGGCUAGAUGAGCAAUCACUAGAUGAGUCUAAAAAUCCAGCCCGCAAACUGGACACGGACCUGCUGGUGUGCACUGCCUCCGGCUCCUGGCUCAUCUCCUGGGGCUCCAUCCUGGCCAUCCUCUGUGCCGAGUCCCACCCCCUGUACACCUGGUACAACCUGCCCUACUCCAUCCUGGUGGUUGUCGAGAAAUACAUCCAGAACCUCUUCAUCAUCGAGUCCAUUCACCGAAAACCGGGGAAGCUCUCCGAGGACGUCAGAACCCUGCGGGUGGUCACAGUCUGCAAUGGCAACACCACAUCCCUCCCUUCUUCCUGCCUCAAGAGCGGACCUGAGGCUGGGGACACGGCUCCGCAGGGCAGCGAGAUGCCACAUGUGGCCAAUGGAAAUAUGUGUCUGAGAGAAGUCGGUGGCAAAGAGGCAGAGGAGAAGAGCUGGGAAGUGGCCCUGCGCCCAGCCUGCCGCCCCCAUUUCCUGCAGGGCAAUGCCCAGAGAAGAGUCUUGAGGAAUAUUGCAGCCUUUUUGUUCCUCUGCAAUAUUUCGCUCUGGAUCCCUCCCGCCUUCGGCUGUCGCCCCGAGUACGACAACGGAUUGGAGGAAGUUGUCUUUGGCUUUGAACCCUGGAUAAUUGUGGUCAACCUGGCCAUGCCUUUUUCUAUUUUCUACCGAAUGCACGCAGCUGCCUCCCUCUUUGAGGUCUAUUGUAAGAUAUAA